AUGCGCUUGCUUUGCGGGACGCUAUUGGGACUCUCUGCGCUCACGGCAUUUGCAAUGGCCUCGCCCGUCAAAUCGGCCGCAAAUAGUCUUGCGGAGCGUGGCAACGACCUCGUCGAGCGUAACGUCCUGGAACCGCAUGGCAAAGAUGCUCUGGUCGAACUCUACCUCCAGUAUGGCAAAGGCUCACAGGACCAUUUCAUGGUCAUAGCAAAACUGUCCUGGAACGCCGAUGGCUAUUUCGAUCAGGCCACAUCGACCGGAGACGUACUAGCGACAUUCGAUGUCUCUGGAACCAUCGGAGGCCAGCCCUUUUCAGGAUUCACGUUCUUGAGCCACGCCGCGGACUAUCUGCUACUCGUCAACUUCAUCCAUGAUAAGAACGGCAAGAUCCAGAGUUGCGCGCCUGUCAACGGAUAUGCUCAGUGGUUGGCCCCUCACAACAUCGAGAUCAGUCCAUCGAUGCACCACCUGUGCUUUGUCAACGGCAUGCAAGUCGGACCAUAG